AAUGGGGGGAAAAGGGAUCAUUCAUCAUCGUUUUAAGAAUAUGAAAGUUGUCUUAUACAGAAUUAUUUAGAAGUCUGUGCCCAGAGGGCUUCUACUGGAACGUCCUCAUUUGCUCCUGUGAGGUUAGUGAGGGGAGUAUUCAUGUGACUUACAGAUGAGGGAACAGGCUCUGAGUGGAGACCAAGAGUGUGGCCUGAAGCAGAUCUACUGUGUUUUUCCCUGUACCCUGCUUAGCAGGGAGGCUGUGGAUCAGGGGUGGAAUUUCCCAAGAGCAAGUUUGUUGACUGUUUAGAAUCUCUGAGGUCCUGUAAGAUCAAGUUCCUCUUUCCUGGAAUGGGGUAGGCUCCUGAAGGUCAAGGGGUAACCCCUUUCACCUCCCCCGCCCCUGCCCCAGCCCUGGGGCUGAUAGCGUCAGGUGGUUAGAACCCUGCCUCAGGCAGGAGAAUUUUGACUAAAGGAGCAUCACACCAAGCUUUCUGGUCUUGUCUCCUGCCUAGCUCUUCCUCCCUCUAAAAUGUGGAGGACAGCGCUACCCGGUGCCCUGCUUUCUGGAGUAUGAUACGUGGGGGUGCGCUAAUGCCUCUGAGCACGCAGAAAUGGUGUGUGCGGUUCUCAGAGCAGCUCUGUCUGUUGUGGGGUGACUGUGCAGAGGCCUGGAAUGGUCCUCCUUGGUUCAUGUCAAGGCUGUGGUCCUGCGUUUCCAUCAGGACCCUGAAUGCACGAGUAGCCUGAGUCCAGGUGCUAUGGGAGGCAGUGUGCAGGCAACUGUGAGGCAGUGAGGAGACCUGGAUUUGGAAUCAGGAGAACUAGAUCUCGUUCAGGCUCUGACACCAACUACCUGUAUUGCCAUGAAUAAGUCGCCUAAGCUCCUGGCAUUAGUUUCCUCAAGUGUGAAACAAGGAGAGUCAACAUGGCUCAUUUCUGUGGCUGUUUGCAGCUUUGAAGCCAGCUGAGCUUGAGAAUCUGAAAGGCAGCAACAUGGCCAGUGUCCUGUCCCGGCGCCUUGGCAAGCGAUCCCUCCUGGGAGCCCGGGUGUUGGGGCCACCCGGGGCUGCCCCAACCUUGGAGCCUCAGGCAGAGCUGCUUGAGGGGGUGGCUCCCCAGCCCUUCCUUGCCUCUAAGGACACGUCCUGCCAGGAGAAGCCCAAGGAAGUCCUCAAGGCUCCAGGCACCUCAGGCCUCCAGCAGGUGGCCUUUCAGCCUGGGCAGAAGGUUUGUGUGUGGUACGGGGGUCAAGAGUGCACAGGACUGGUGGAGCGGCAUAGUUGGCCAGAGGAUAAGGUGACUGUCUGGCUGUUGGACCAGAAGUUACAAAUCUGCUGCAAAGCGGAGGAGGUGUGGCUAGCUGAGCUGCAAGGCCCCAUCUCUCAGGCACCACCUCCAGAGCAGGGAACCCAGGUGCCAGCCUACAGGCCUGUCUCCAGGAACAUUGACGUCCCAAAGAGGAAGUCGGACGCGGUGGAAAUGGACGAAAUGAUGGCGGCCAUGGUGCUGACGUCCCUGUCCUGCAGCCCUGUCGUGCAGAGUCCUCCUGGGGUCGAGGCCAACUUCUCCGCUUCCCGCGCGGCCUGCGACCCGUGGAAGGAGAGCGGCGAUGUGUCGGACAGCGGCAGCAGCACCACCAGUGGGCACUGGAGCGGGAGCAGCGGUGUCUCCACCCCCUCGCCCCCCCACCCCCAGGCCAGCCCCAAGUAUUUGGGGGACGCCUUCGGCUCUCCCCAAACGGAUAAUGGAUUUGAGACCGACCCGGACGCUUUCCUGUUGGAUGAACCAGCUCCCCGCAAAAGAAAGAAUUCGGUGAAGGUGAUGUACAAGUGCCUGUGGCCCAACUGUGGCAAAGUCCUGCGCUCCAUCGUGGGCAUCAAACGACAUGUCAAAGCCCUCCACCUGGGGGACACUGUGGACUCCGACCAGUUCAAGCGGGAGGAGGAUUUUUACUACACAGAAGUGCAGAUGAAGGAGGAAGCCGCUGCUGCUGGCGGCCCUGCAGCUGACCCGGCUCCCACCCCCAGCGUGACCAGCCCACCCCUCACCGUCCUCCCAGUGCCUCCUCCCAAAGCCCAGUCCUCAGGCUCGGAUCACCCUGGCCUGGAGUCUUACCUGCCCUCUGGUGCUCUCAGCAAGUCAGCUCCUGGCUCCUUCUGGCACAUUCAGGCCGACCAUGCAUACCAGGCCUUGCCGUCCUUCCAGAUCCCCGUCUCGCCGCACAUCUACACCAGUAUUAGCUGGGCCGCCGCCCCCUCCACGGCCUCCUCCCUCUCUCCGGUCCGGAGCCGGUCGCUAAGCUUCAGCGAGCCCCAGCAGCCACCGCCCGCCAUGAAAUCUCACCUGAUCGUCACUUCUCCACCUCGGGCCCAGAGCAGCACCAGGAAAGCCCGCGGGGAGGCUAAGAAGUGCCGCAAGGUGUACGGCAUCGAGCACCGGGACCAGUGGUGCACAGCCUGCCGCUGGAAGAAGGCCUGCCAGCGCUUCCUGGACUGAACCGUCCAGCAGCCCCACCCGGCGACCAGAGGACAAAGGCAGAGGCAUCCCAAGCCCUCAGCAGAAACCUAAAAGCUAAAGAGUGGACAUUGGGAGUUUGGGCUCUAUUGGCUAAGAUUUCAUACUUAAAACAUUUUUCCCUCCCUUGUGGGAACGUUUUAUUUAAAAAAAAAAAAAAAAAAAAAGAAAAGAAAAUAUUUUUUUUUCCCCUAAAAUAGGAGAGAGCCAAAACUGACCAAGGGUAUUCUGCAGCGAACCAGAGACCAAAGAAUUGAUUCCCCUCCCCUCCCCCACAGCCCGUCUCCCUAGGGGAUUAGUUUGUCAUAUGGAAAGAAGGAACAGCUCAUUCUGUUUCCUGCUGAGCUGGUGAAUUCUUUGCUUUCUCCACUCUUCCAGAAGGGACUGUGAGCAAGAUGGAUUUACGUUUGUUA